UGUGAAGAAAAUGGAACUGAUCGACAGAUAGUAAACAUUGGUGAUUAAUUUAACAAUUAAAGGUAAAAUUACAGAUUACUCCAUGGCUUCAUCAACAUUUUGUGAUCACUGUACGGAGAAGGAGGUACAACUUCACUGCAUUAGCUGUGAACAUAAAUUAUGCAAAGAGUGUGUGGGAAGCCACUCUAUGACUGAAUCAACCCAUGCCCAUAAAAUUGUGAAGUAUGCUGAAAGACAUGCACACAUUCCUCAUCCAUUUUGUUUGACCCACUCCAAGAGCCACUGUGACGAAUUCUGCAAAGACUGCGAUAUCCCUAUCUGCUCCGAAUGUCAAACCGGGGCUCAUGAAAAGCAUGCAACAGAGGAGCUUCCAAAAUUAUUUCAUUCCAAGAAAACAGAAAUUCUUGAAGAUACCCAUGCUCUUGAGGAAUCUCUCAUUCCAAAAUACAUACAAGAAGAAAUGGUCACAAAAUCUAAAACAGCCAAUCUUACCUUCAGCUAUACAGCUAUGGAAAAACAAGCAGAAAGUUUCAAGAGGAAAUGGCUAGAGGAGGCACACAAAGUGUUCACUAGACUUGCCAGAGAAAUGCAUGCCUUCAAGGAGGAAGACAUGGCACCACUGUACUGCCAUGAAGACAAAAUCAAGACAGGGCUUCUAGAAAUGCGUAAAACCAUGGAAAAGAACCGAGGAAUCCUGAAGACAGGUAAAGUUUCAGAGAUAAUGGGCUACACAUCAAGUCUGGGCAAAUUUCAAGAGCUGCCUCAUCUGGAUUUAGAGCCAAGUCUCCCAACAUUCCUUUCAAGUUCUGCAAAAGAAAAUGUCUAUCAAGUUCAGCUGGACGACCUUCGGGCAUUUCUCGUACCAGCCACAUAUCUUCCAUCAUUCCAACUUUCCCCCAUUUCUAGAAAAGUAUUGGUUGACCAAGUUGUUGUGAUUGCAACUGUGAAAACCCCUUACCACACUAUCAGAGAUUUAGCCUGUGCAGGGUUUAACAAAAUCUGGGUAAAUGCCAUGGGUGAUGAUGAAGAUACUGCAGUAUCACUGUUGGACAUUUGUGGUGAUAAACUUGAAACUGUAACUGUUGGUUCUUUUUGCAAUGGUCUUACUAUGGACCCCCAUGAAAGAUUACUCUACUCCGAGUUCAACAACGUGAUGGCUUUUCAAAAUGGGGAGGUUGAUACUUUACUUGAAAUGCCUGAAGGAUGGGAGGCCAUGGGUGUGUUCUGCUCAAAAACAGGAAAUCUAUUUGUCUGUCUGAUAAAUCAACAAAAUAAAGAACACAAAGUCCUAGUAUACAAGGACAAAACAAUAAGCAAGGAAUUUCAGUUUGAUGAAAAUGGCAAGAAUCUCUAUAAGAAAGGAGAUUACAUGCUUUUUCCAAGGGAAAACAUCAAUGGAGAUGUCGUGGUUGUUGACCACAACAGCAAUUCAGUUACGGCGGUAAGUCGUGAAGGCAAACUCAGGUUCAGAUACGAUGGAAAAGCGGCAAAGCUUGAAAAGCCUCUCAACACCAAUGACAUAGUCACUGAUUCCAUGGGUCACAUUAUUCUGGCAGAUGAGGCCAAUGACUCCCUUCACAUCAUCAACCAGAAUGGUCAAUUUCUGAAGUGCCUGAAGAUUCCCGGUCUGACCAAACCUACUGGACUUAGUCUGGACACUAGAGAGCGCCUCUGGGUGGGUUCUCAGAACAACGGUGAUAUUAAAGUCAUUCAAUACACAAAGUAUACUUCGUAAUGACUCCAGACCUGCUUUCUGAACCAGGAGGGUUGCAUAAUAACAAUACUUUUCUAUAUUUAUCUCUGUUUUGUAAUUCCACCAAGUGGACAAAAGAACUAUUGCAUACUCAAGAAUUUUUGCAUACCUUGUGUUACAUAAUACCUUACCUUUAAAUGUAUUGAAAAUACAUAUACCAGAAACUGAAAUUAUGUCAGUCAUAAAUCAAAAUAAUUUUAUGUCUAUGAUCUUGUCUCUAUAUACAGCUAAAGUUUGUUUUUGUAUGUUCUACAUAUCAGGUUUCUCAUUAAAUCAGGUGUAUUGUAUGCUUUUUCAUAUUGUACAGCAAAGUUGUAAGAUGGUGCUGUAUUCUCAGAAAGAAUGGGACAAUUAAACGAAAAUGUCAUGCUUUA